CGUAAAUCGUGGUCUCCAGAAACGUCCACGGGGCUACGUUUCCAGAAUGAGCUUGGGUUGAUAUAUUCUAUCAUUCCACCACUGUUGAUCAUCAUGUCGUUUGUCUUCCUUGUCUCCAGUCCUAGUAAGUCUUGCAUACCGAGUUUCUUGUUCUUGUAUUUUGCUACAGUCUAGUUCGUGUUAACCUGUCUUAGUUUCUUGUUUUGUUUGUUUGUUUGUUACUUUGGUCUUUGAUAUUUUUGGAUUUUUGUCACUGUUUUCUGCACGAUAUAUCAUGAAAUUCUGCACUUGAAUCUGCUAUCUUUUGUUCCCAUUUUUUGCUAUUGUUUUGAUCACGCUAAACAUGACAGGCUUGAUCACCUUUUUUUGAAUGCCUUCUAAGCCUGCAGAGGUGUUCUCACCAGGAGGUGACCCCAUGAAAGAACCAGGAUACACUGGUUGUACGGUUUCAUGGCUUGCCUGGGAACACCUUGGGACCCCCUGGAUUAAGUGUCUUGGUAGAGAAAAGUCUAGGAUUCCCUGUUGAGGCUGCUGUCUUUAUAACCUAGCUCUGGAUAAGCAGUUGAUAAUAGAUGAAUGGAGCAAUUAAAACAAUCCACCCGUGUUGGGUAUGCAUUUGCAUUGUUAUAUUCUGGACAAAAUGUCUGGUAGGUUCUGGGAACUUUGAUUCAUUCAUUCUAUUAAGUAUAAGGUUGAAUGUGACGCCUACUUCUACAAUCUCUCACACUCACACACACACACCCUUAGAGGAAGUGAGCAUUUCUCACAUUUAUGUUCAACCAGGAAAUAAAGUCAACCCUGAUCUUAAGACGGAAGCUUGGAAAGAGUUAAAUCUACUAAUGAAUCUACCAAGAUCAGUAAAUAAGAGAGAAGAAUGAAGAUCAUCUGGACUUUUACUCUGCUCAUGAUUCCUGGUGUGAUGAGCUCCAUUAGUGUGACGGGAUAUUCAGGAGGCGGAGUCACCAUCACAUGCAAAUAUGAUGAAGGAUACGAAACAUAUGUGAAGUAUUUUUGUAAAGGACAGUGGUCAGAGUGCACAGAUCGAAUCAGGACUGGGACUAAAGAUACAUGGGUUCAGUCUGGAAGAUUCUCUCUGUAUGACGACACAACGGCAGCAGUCUUCACUGUGACCAUCAGAGAUCUGACAGAAGAGGAUUCUGACAUGUAUUACUGUGGAACUGAUAUAUAUGGAAAAGUAGAUUCUGCAACUGAAGUGAAUCUGAAAGUUAUAACAGCAGCUGCUUGCUGUCAGAAGAGCAUCAGUCUAUCAGCUGCUGCAGGAGGAUCCGUCAACAUCAGCUGCAGAUACCCACAAUCCCACACCGCUGAUGUCAAGUUCAUCUGCAGGAGAUCUGGAGCCGAUCUCUGUGCUGAAGAGACGCGGUCUGAGGAGGAGAGCGGAGGAAGAAAAGCUGAGGGAAAGAUCCAGCUGUAUGAUGACAGAGAAGAGCAGCUCCUGACAGCCACCAUCAGUCAUGAGAGUCCAGAACAUUCAGCUGAAUACUGGUGUGGAGUUCAGUCUGCAGGACACAAGAGCUUCAUCACAGGAGUCUUCAUCCACUUCACUGAUGCAGAAUCAACUUCACCACGACCAUCUUCAUCACCCUCUUCACCAUCCUCUUCAUCUUCAUCACCACCAUCUUCAUCUUCUUCACUGGUGGAAUCUCCACUGCAGAGAAUGUGUGUUAGAAAAUGAUUCACAUUAAGAGUCUGAGAUGUUCAGCUUCAGAACCCAAAACAGACAUGGAGCCCCAAAUGACACACAUAUUAUGUAAACAGAGUGGAUAUAUUACAAGUACAUUGGCUGGAAUUUCUGAAGAAAAGUUUCCUGCAAAUCAGGAUGUUUGUUCUAAUUGAUGAUUGAACAUUUUAUUUUUGUUGUCCAUGGCUUGUCAGUGUUGUAUUUAAGUCUUUAGCUGUGAACAUGACUAUUCUGUAAAUCUGUUCUGAAUCGAGAUUGAAUGUGAAAAAGCAAAUUUAAAAUAAAAUGACUGC